UGACAGAAAACAUAACCUAAAAACGAUCCAAUUAGAAAUGUAAAUAAAACUUUACUAAGAAUUUUAAUCUAACUAUAGAAAUGAGAAUCAAUAACAAUUUUAUUUAUUUAGUUAAAUGUGGUAAUAGAAAUAUCUCUAUCAUUUCACAAAAACAAACGAUUCGACGGCAUCACCAUGGAAUACCUUUUGUGGAUUUAUUCAAGAGAACAACUGGGCAAACAGUAUCAGAGAAUUAUUUACAAAACUUAAAAAAGAAGCACCCCUUAUUAUACACCCUGAGCCACGACCGCCUUCAAUGCACCUUACAAAUCCUGAAGAAGUUUGACAUCACCACUGAGGAUGCCUGCUAUGAUCCACAUGUGUUCACCAUGAACCCUAUCACUAUGGACAACUAUGGAGAAAUACUUAAGGAAUGUGGCUUUGUUAAAAUUAUGCCAAAGCAUAUUAUAAGAUAUCAUACUCUAGUAAAAUCAAGAACAAUAGCUUGGCUAAAGAAAGAAAGUUUACUGAGAGAAGAUUUAAACUUGGAACAAGUCUUAUAUGGGUACUUCUCAGAAUGGCCAUCAGAAAACAAGACCAUGGAGAAUUUUCCAGAUUCCAGUACUAACAUAUUGACAAUACGCAUGAGUGUCCUGCAGAAGUACCUUAACUGGAAGUUGGGAGUCACAGCUGACGAAUUUGCAAAAUACUGUCGUAACUACCUUCCGCUGAAACAUAAGCCAAUGUCAGAUAUCCAAGAAACUUUAGACAUAGCCCAGAAUGAUAUAAAAUUCGACCUGGCCAACAUAAGAAGAAAUGGCUUCAUUAUAUCAUCUGAUCCAAUAAAUACCAAGUUUAUUCUACAAAAUGUUGAAUCUAUUGCAUCUGUGGAUAUUCGGGAGGCAAUCAGAAUAGAGCCGGCAAUAUUGAAGAACAAUUACCAUGCUUUGCUGGAGAUUAAAAGUUUGUUAAAGGAACAUGGUAUAUCAGAGGAGGCUCAAAGAAGAGGUUUCAAAGUUUACUGCAUGCGCCCCGAAACAGUGAAGGAACGCUUAGACGAACUAAAAAGCUUAAAGGAAUAUCAAGUUCUGCAGACCAAUCCUAGGGUACUGUCAAUGGUGGUUCAUAAAAGAAAGAUGAUGAAUCGUCUGGAGAAGAUUCAAGCAGCCAAAAAGCAAUGUUACAGUCUCAAUCAUCUAGUCGCAUCCAGCAAGGUUUUCAAUAACUAUAUCAGCAACUUUGGAAAUAAAAUAUGCGGCCGAGAUCUGGCAAUACUGAUAAGUACUUCUCUUUCAAUAAAAUCAACCAAUCAAUCACUGACGGAAUCUGAAAUGAAGAAACAAGUACUCAAACAGCUGAGGAGACACAAAUUCUGGCUUCACUCUGCGUUGCACGUGACCGAUGAAACCAUACGGUUCUUAAAAAAACUAUUUAAUGAUGAAGUUAUUCUCAAGAACUGUCAACUGCUGCUCUAUCCUGUCUCAGAAAUAGAAAACUAUAUCGACUUACUACUGAAAAGGCGGCACGGGGUAAAUAACAACUCUACCAAGGACGUUCAAUUGGAGCCCAAUUACGUUAACUUGGACUAUUCGGCGUUGAACGACGAACAGAUUCUAAGCCUGGUGUUGUACGAGAUUGAAAAGAAGUACCACUUCAGUGGCGACGGUAUCUGGGCGAGACAGGAUGGGGUGAAGAUUGACGUGCAAGCCAGCUGAGGAUGCAAAAAUGAUAAGAAAUACCAGUCAACAGGGUAUGUGAUCAAAAGAUCAUUCAGUAUCGUGGCUGUAGAUUUUUGUUUGGUCGAUAUUUUGAACUGGGGAGUUAAAAAGGCCACACCGAAGCAAUUCAUCUAAAAAAGCUAUAUUGCAAUUUGACACUUGCGCAUAUAAAAGUAAGUGCGCAAUGCAAAAAAAGUCAAAUAGCAAUAUUGCUCUUUAGGUGAAUUGCUUUGAUGUGGCCUUUUUAACCCCUCAGUACAAUAUACGUACGUCCGUAUGUACCAUCCGAAUCUUCAGAUAAGAUUGAACGGUCCGUGUAAACUUAUUCGUUUGAACAUGUUUGUGUAUUCUUAAAUUUUUGGUAACUAGAUUGACGUCUAUAUAUGUAUAUACGACGCCUUAACAGUAUCGUAACAUUAAGAUGGCUGCUAAGUGAUAUGUUGACGCAAAAAUGUAUUUAUUCUGUAAAUAAAACACCAAAAUAAGCACA